UCAUACAGUAAAUUAUACUUAAUUUAUAUACAGAUCGCAUGCUUACAAGACAACUCGAGUUGUUGUAUCAUUUGUGUGUAUAAUGUAGUAAGUUGAAGUACAGAAUUACAACUACUGUAUGAGUCAUUUGUACCGGAUGAUGUCAUUAUGUGCACGUUAACACUAACUUUCAACCUAGUUGUGUGUGUCUGAAAGCAGGCUAGUUACGGAUCCCAGAUAUUAUCUAAAAAAUCUUUAGUGAAGCUGUCAAAUAUGGAGUUUAAGGAAGAGAGUACAAAGGAAAGCUUUACAGAGGAUUCUGACGGACAAAUUCACAGCGAUGAGCCAAAACAAGAAACAAGCAGAGGCAACAUUUGCCAGCACUUUCUGUUGGGCAGAUGUCAUUUUGGAGACAGAUGUCGACUAUCUCACAGUGUGUCUGAUGUCCCUCAAACCACACAGUCAGAGGACCAUAACAAAAUGGUUACAGAAAAGCAGAGCAAGAGCCGGAAGAAUGGAAAAAAGAUUCACACCGAUAAGAAAGAAAAGCUCGACAUAAAGACAGCAAGAGAAGAGCGUAUGAAGAAACCACGCAUGCGCACUGCAGAUGAUGUUAUCUCUAGAAUUAUAUGGGACCCUACAGUGGAUGCAGCUGACUUCAUGGUCGGUCAUCUGGAUCGUUUUCUUGGGGUGCUGGAACGCCCGUUCUCUGACUUUUCGUGGGAUACGCAGGUGUGUGACUGUGACUUCUAUGAGGAGCUGGCUCUCCCACGUCAUAGGAUUCAAUACUUUAGCUACAAAGGCCAGCGUGUGUGGGAUAGAGACAGUCGUACUGACAGGGUGUUCGGCUCCACAGGGCAGACUAUUUUGCCUCCUUUUAGUGGUGUAAAUCAACAAGAGAAUUUAACACCUGACACCGGGCAACACGAAGAGACUACCAACACAGCAGAUGUUUCAAACGACCUAGAGGAAACUGCUUCUGAGUUUUCUAAAGGACAGGAUGAUGUUGCAACAGAAACAAACGAACAAGAGCUGGGAGAUGAUGGAAAUGCAGAAGAUAAAGUUUGUAAUGACGGAUCACUUUUGCGAGAAGAAUCUGUGCAAAAUGAAGAAAAAAAGAUGGAGGUUGCUGAAGAUGGUUUGACUCAGUCGGCAGAGGAGCUAUCUAUCACUAAAAAAGGAGAACAGACUGAAAUAGAGGAAGAAUGGAAGGACAGCUGGGAUGAGGAGGGAGAUACAGAAGCUGAACCUGCCUCAUCCAUACCGCAAGAACCACAGUCCAUCCGUCCACCACGCAGACCCACUCACUUCAUCUGUUUCCGCGUGGACUCCCCCGCCGCUCUUCUGGCCUUCCAACGGGUUCAGAGGAAAGUUUUGUCCCACCUUCCCCAGUCUGAACCACUGUGGGUUGACCCGGCGACAUUACACGUCACUCUCUCCCUGCUCGUCCUCAGUGGCCCUGAGGAGGUCAGUGGUGCUGCCGAACUCCUUCGUGCCACAAUCAGAAAUUCCCACAAAGCGCCUAUCUCUGUGUCCUUCAUGCCAAAACUGAAGCAUUUCAAUGGGACUGUUCUACAUGUGACCCCUCAACCCCUCUGCGAUAUCCAGAGCUUGAAUUCCCCUCUGCAGGAGGUUUUUAGGGAGAAGGGCUGGCUUCAUCGCCAUUCACGAUGUCCCUCGUACCAUCUCACCCUGGCCAAAGCACAGGAAAAAAGGACCGAGAAGAUGUUUGAAGGAAUAGGGUCUGUGAAACUGGCCAAAGAUGUGAACUUUGGAAAGCUAGACGUAAAUAAACUGUAUCUUUGUGUAAACGGUCAUCCUAAAACUGAGAGCGGUUUCUACGAGGCAGUAUGUGCUGUGCAGUUGCCAAAUGUGUAAAUGUGCUUGGUUUUUUAUCACCGUGACUCGGUGAUAAUGAUUAUAACCACAUCAAAGGAUUUAUUUUCAAUAAAAAAUGAAAUUGUUCUAGAAUCAAAAAACAAAAAUCUUAUCCAUGUCCCCCAAUAUUACUUAAAGGGAUAAAGGGAUAGUUCACCGUAAAAUGAAAAUUCUGUCAUAAUUUAUUCACCCUCAUAUCACCUGUAUAACUUUCCUCUGCAGAACACAAAAGAAGAUAUUUUUAAGAAUAUUGGUAAGAAAACUGUUCGUCCCUAUUGACUUGCAUUGUUUUGCGUCCAUACAAUAGAAGUGAAUGGUGGACCAAUGGUUUUUGUUGACCAACAUUCUUUAUCUUCUUUUGUGUUUUGCAGAAGAAAGAAAGUGAUACAGGUUUAAAAGAGUAGGGGUGUAGUAAGAGGGUGAGUAAAUGGUGACAGAAUUUUCAUUUUGGAGUAAACUAUCCCUUUAAGGACUGAAUAGGUUGAUGUUUUUAAAAUUCAUAUUUUUUAACCAAUAUUAACCAUGUUUGCAUUAUUUAUUGCAAUGUGAAAACUUUCUUUCCAAGCAUUGAUAUUACUAAAACAUCUUAUUAUUAUCAUAUAAAAGUCCCAUUUCAGUUACUAAACUACAUUGAAAUCUCUAACUUACAUACCUGAAUACAAUUCAGCUGAAUCUUAAAAUUAUACAUUUUAUACUUAUUAUUACAGUUGGUAUUUUAUAUUUUGUACAUUUAUCUACAAAUAUAACAUGCUUCUCUAUUUUGAGGUUUGUGCAUUUAUUUAUCAUUGCUCGGGUAAACACACACACUAACAUAUGAUACAUCUGGUUCUUAUAUUUUUUAUUCCUGUUAAUUGUAAGAGGCUCAGUGGCUCCAGCCCUGGCAGUGUUUUUGGAUCACAUAUUGAAUUAGACGUGAUGUAAUUUUUCUUGAAAGUGGAUGGCAUAUAAAUAAGUAAAACGCCAUGUAUUUCAACUGUUUUUAUAGCACAAGCAUUUAAUAAUUUAACAUUCAACAAACAACACUGAACAGCUGUACAUUUGGCUCCUUGAAUGUCUUGACAUCUAUUAUUUCAAAAGAGAUCAUAUCAAACUAAAUUAAGCAUUUUAUGAUUUCUUUAUGCCUUGC